UCAAAUUCCUUCAACCACUUCCCAAAGGCUUACCAGGACUGGUGAGAAGAGAUCCAGAAGCUCUGAGAAGGGCACUAAUAAUAAACUUAGAAAAACAACUUCAACUGAGAAGCCAAGUCCGCAAAUGGCUUUCCAGGAAAAGAAAUUGACAAUCACUUUGAACGGAAACAAGAGGAAGCAUCAAAUCUCGCACAACAACAGAGCCAGCAUCUUGGAUGCCAUUAAAUCACAUACACUUGCCAGCAAGGAAAUAGCAAAGCAACAAGCUAAGGAGAUGUUGGUAGAGGGGACAAUGGGAACUGAGAAAGGGUAUGUUAACCUGGGUAUGCCUCUCCGCUGCGUGCCUGAGAAAUCUCACUUUGAUAUUGUAUUUGCCAGACAUAAGAGUCAGAGAAAAGAUGGCAGUGAGUAUGUGGGACGUUAUGACAGCAACACUGGAGACUGCAUCAAAUUCUAUGUUUUUACCAUUGGGAAAAGUGUAAAGAAGAUUGUGAAGUGUCUUGAUCUUCACAAAGAUGGAUGUAAACUCUGUGUUUAUGCCUUCAAAGGAGAAACCAUAAAGAAAGCCUUGAUCAAAGAUGGCAGAUUUCUUCCUUUACUGGAAACCAGAGAGUGGAAUCUGAUAGAAAAUGUUGAUUCCGUUUUCGAAAACACUCAAAGAGUGGAUGACUUAGAGGACAGACGUUUUGAGGUAGAGGUCAAAAAAAGGAGAUCAUAUAGCAUGUCAGCCAGAGCUUCUCAUAGCUGUGAGGUGGAGCAAAGGCAAAGCUGUGAGUUAGAAAGGCACAUUUUGGAUCAAUAUCCCAGUUUGACAAAGGAACGCAGACAAAUCAGUAUCAUUUCUGAUCGAGAGAGUAAGGAAAAGAGGAAGAAAAUCAGGACCCUAUUUAACAUGCAACAGAACUUUUGGAAACUAAGCUCAACUUCCAUCCCAGUUAAAGUAAUUAAAUUUCUGAGUAAUCUCAGUAACUCUGUGGGAUACAUAUUCUGGAACAACAAUUCUGGAAACCAUGGAGGAGCCACCUGUUUUGUCUUGAAGAAUCACUACAUUCUUACUUGUAGUCAUGUCGUGAACUUCAUAGUAGGUGCAGAGGUGGAACUGGAGGAGGCAGCACAAGUGAUCAGUGGCUCUGCUUGGGUGACCUUCUCUUUUGAAGAUACUCAUGGAAGUAGUGGUCCAUUGAGAGUGGUCCAAGACAAGGAGUGGUCCAUUGAGCCUUGGUUUGAAGUGUUUGACAAAUCCCUGGAUUAUGCAGUGUUGAAACUGAAGGAGAAUGGCUCUCCCAUUCCCAUGGGUCUAUGGGACCAAAUUGCUCCUCCACCAAAGAAUGGCAUCCUGCAUAUCAUUGGUCACCCAGGCCAACAGAAAAAAUCAGCUGAUAAUUGUGUUAUGAUUCCCCAACUACUUCUGGAACAGGUAUGUCAAGACCACAUCCAGGCCAGUGUGGAAAGUAACUCUGUCUUCAUGUUUUCGCCUAGAAGUUUCCAGAAGGGUUUUAAGAACCAGAAGCUAAUCACCUAUGAAACCUGUUUCAUCCAAGGGUCUUCUGGCUCCCCUGUCUUCAGUGCAAAUGGGGAGCUAGUUGCCAUGCAUACUGCAGGUUUUCUAUAUGACCACAAAGGAAUAAAUUAUAGCAUCAUUGAGUUUGGGCAUUCUAUGACGGCUAUUGCUUGGGAUAUUACGAAUCAACAUGAGACCUUCUAUAGCUCCCAAUUCUUAAGUCAAGAUGAUGGUGAAAUGGUGAGGGACGAUGAGAGAGACUAGAAUCUGUCAUCUUAAAAAGAUUGUUCUCAGGUUGGCGGUGCUGAAUGCUUUACCAAUCUGUAAAAAAUGACUAAUGAAUUUCAUGACAUAAAAUAAUACUUGGAACAAUUUCAUGUAAUCAAGCACACUUAAAAAGAGGAUCUUUUAUUCCUUCAUGAAGCAUUUAUUAAGCAUAUCUUGCAUGCAAGGUGCUGGGGGUAAAAAUCUCAGUUCAUAAUCAUUGUAUGCAUCUGUCUUAGUACUAGCCAAGAAAAUAUCAGUUUUGUGAGAGCUCUUUUCUGUAUUUUAAUCCCCAGUGGGCACAGCAGGUGGAGGCAUCCUGGAUAGAGUGCUCUGGAGGACCUGAGUUCAAAUCCAGCUUUAAUCCUUUUUUAGUUAUGUGGCACUGGACAGGUCACUUAACUUCUGCCUCAAUUUCCUCAGCUAUAAAAAUGGGGAUUCUAGAAAAGGAAAUGGCACACUAUUCUAGGAGCUUGCCAAGAAAAUCCCUUAAAAAUGGGGUCAUGAAAAAUCAGACACGAUAUAAAACAAGAAGAAAAAAUGGCUGGACGAAUAGAUAUUUGACAGCAGAAUUCCAGAAGAACUCAAAAUUGAAAACAAUGGCAAAUGAUCCCUCUAGAGAUGAUUAGUUUCUUCAUGCCACCCAUGAGAAAUCCUUGGACUACUUCCUUCAUUUUUCUUGAACAGGACUUGUAGUUGGCUGUACUGGCUAUCUUCUAGCUUAUCUGAUUGCAAAUAUAUAUAUUUUCAAAAUCAUGUUAUCCUUACUAUCAAUAAAGCAUAUCAUAUCCCA